CCGUCUGCCGCCGGGCGGCGCCUCGGGCAUGCCGGGAGGCGCGGGGCGGGCCCACCCGCGGCGGGCGGCUGCUUGGCUGCAGGAACGACCGGGCCGGGGCCGCCCUGGGGAAUCCCGGCAGCGGCUGGAGCGAGGGCGGGGAUCCCCCGGCCGCGGGAUCGCCUGGCGACGCGGCGGGGUGCUGCGCAGGAUGGAAUUAGACCACCUGAAGAGAUUGCGUCAGGCCAACCAGGACCUUCUACAAAGGCUCAGAAUGAAGCAGGAAGAGAUCAGAAAAAGACUUCCCAGCAAACCACUCCUUCCAGCAUCUCUUCAAAAUAGAACAGCUACUGAAAGAUCUGUCCCCUUGCCCGAGAGAGGGAAGGAAAAUGAGGUCAAUGCUGCGAAGUCUACAGCUGACCCUGCAAUGUUGGUGUCCGUGGAACCCAGAGCUUACGCAGCCAGAGCAGCCCUCUGUUCAUCUCUUAAACAGAGCAGCAAUGACAGAGGGAUACAGCAACAACAAGAAAAGAUGCAGGAAGCUGUAGGUUUGGAUUCCAGCUUUCCUGGGAAAGAGAAGGAUGUUAUGCCAGUGUGUGAAAUCAUUAUGUGUGGCAGAGAAACCUCUGGAGUGGAUAGGGAUGGCCAUGCUCGAGGAAGUCCAGAGAAAGAAUCCUUCCUUCUGGGACAUGGAGAGAACAGAAAACCAUCCGCUCUGCUAUGUGAUUUCCAUGAGAAAAAACAGCUUAAGGGUCAUCUGGACCCAUCACGGAGCAAAAUACAAAGUGAAGAGACCAGCAAGCAGCACGUGAUCAUUAGAGAGCCCAUAAUCCGUAAAUCAAUCUUGUUGACAUCGCAGUCCAAAGAGUUGAAGGAAGCUGGUCAUGUGACUUUUCAGUCUGACCCUGAAGAAUAUACCAUGCCUGUGAGCAGCUGGUCCAUGCGCCCUUUCCUGGGCUAUGACUGGAUUGCAGGGCUCCUAGAUACAAACUCUUCAAUAGCAGAAAAAUCUGAUCAAUACUUUGCUGAGCUGCACGAGUUCCGGCAGGCCAACAAAGAAGCAUGUGUUCAUGAGCAGCACAGGGAGCCCAAGGCUCUGGAUUACAUACUUCCUGAAGAAGAACCAGGUGUUUACUGUUACCGAUUAAACCAGCGCCUCUUCGCUGUCCCUGUGGAUUCAGAAUCUGCCUGCCCUGUGUGUAAGAUCCCACGUUCUCACCAGCCCCCAGAGAUCCUGGAAGAGCCAGCCUAUGUCAGCAUUGCCUGGCUGGCUGGGAAAAUCUCAUCCCUUCCAGCGACCCCACACUCAGCAGUUUGGAUCUGCAAGCUUCACUGGAAGAGAAGCCUUUUCACCAUCCUCGCCUGGUAAGAAUAGCCUAUUAAGAGGCCCUGGAAUUGCACAGAUGGGAAUUGCAAUCUCUCUAAAGGAUAUGAUAAUCAUCGAUGGCUGAGGAACCAAAAAUGCCUGGAAGAUUAUCUGCUUAUCUCCACAAGUAAAUAUUUUCCUUCCGCUGCUGUGUAAACUAGCGUGCACAGACACAAAACAGCAAAUGGAGCUGGGUAACAGGCAGAAGCCUGCUCAGCUCACCAACCUUCAUCGACAUGGGAGAAGUCACUCUGGCUUCCUUUGAUUAAUUGCCUCUUCAUUUGGAUUCCAGAACUCAGUGUCCAGAGUGUCAGGAGGAACCAGAACUGACCAGCUUCUGAACCUGACCCACUUGACACACUUCAGAUUUAGCAGUGCUUCUCAGCAGAGGGAGCAAAACAAACCUGGACACUACAGAGCAGCUCCAAGUUUAAACCCGACUGCCUCAAUUCUGUGAACCACUGAUUUGAUUGCCCUGGGGAAGGGAUGGGCACUGGGUGUGGAAACAACUCUGAAUAAAAAUAAAUCUUUGAACAGA